AUAGAGAGAGAGAGAGAGAUGUGGAGAAAAAAUCUAACUUUGGUCGACGAGAGGCGGCUAAGUUAGUUAUUGACGUUUAGCUAUUUGAAUUCGUUUAUACAUCGAUGAUGUGACUCACUCUACGUAAUCGUUUAAUCAGUCAAAUCUGCUACAACCGAAAAAACAAAAAUCUCCCCUUUGCUUAUAAUUUUCCGUCCGCAACCCUUUUUGAUUCCCUAGAGUCAAUCUUCAUCAGUUUCUCCUGAUUCCUUCACUGAAUUCCGGCGAAAGUUUUGAUUUUUCCGGUUCUAAUCACUCUGAUCUCUGUUUUCUGUUCUGGGGGAUUUCACAGUGCGUGUGGUCUUCCGAAGAAGAAUUUAAAAACACGAUCUUGUUGGUUUUCGUGAACUGGGUUUUUUCCACUGAGCCAUUGAAGUUUUGGUGUUGUGUGUUUGUUCUGAGUGGAUUGAAAUUAGGGUUUAGAUUUUAGGGAAGUGACUGGAUUGGAUUGUGGAUAAAGGUUAAGUUUUUCCUAUUGAUUGGUUAUGUAUGAUUAUGUGUAUAGAUUCAUGUUCUAGAGCUUGCGAAUGGGUUGCGUAAAUUCUAGGCAUAGGCCUUUUAGAAGAAAGUCAACAACACUGAAAGAGUUAUCGGAGGAGAAACGUUCCUCGCGGAUUGAUUCGUCGAGGAGGAUAGAUGAUUGGAUCCAACCGGAAGGUGGGUUUGAUAGAUCGAGUAGCAGGGGAGAUGCUAAAGUUAGGUUGAUUGAAUCCGAAGUGUUUAGUCCAAGUAGGUUUCAUGAUCAUCAGAUUCGGAAGAUAUUAGAGAAUCCUGAGAUAGUUGAUCAUAUGGAUAGAGUUGUGCAUGAUCAGGGAUUGACAAGGGCAUCUAGUGCUGUUGUAGACCCGGACUUGGAGAUUGAUCCAAAAGUUGUAAAAGCCAAGUUAGAUCGAUGGAAUAGUAAAGAUUCCAAAGUUCGGUUGAUUGAAUCCGAAAAGUUGAGUUCCAGUACGUUUUCUGAGCAUCAUCAGAUUGAAAAGGGAGUAGAGAAACCUGAGGUUGAAACUUCGGUUCGAGUGGUUCCUCGGGAACUGAAGAGGGAUCCAAGCAUUGUUGGUCCAAAGGAAAAAGAGCGGAAGCAAGUGGCUGCAGGAUGGCCGUCUUGGCUGGUCACGGUUGCUGGUGAGGCACUAGUGGAUUGGGCUCCACGCCGAGCAAAUACUUUUGAAAAAUUGGAGAAAAUUGGCCAAGGAACAUAUAGCAGCGUAUAUAGAGCUCGCGAUCUUCUUCAUAACAAGAUUGUUGCGCUAAAAAAAGUCCGGUUUGAUCUUAACGAUAUGGAAAGUGUUAAGUUUAUGGCAAGAGAGAUCAUAGUAAUGCGACGGCUUGAUCAUCCUAAUGUCCUGAAAUUGGAAGGGUUGAUCACUGCCCCUGUUUCAUCAUCCCUUUACUUAGUUUUUGAGUACAUGGAUCAUGAUCUAUUAGGACUUUCUUCACUACCCGGUGUCAAGUUUACAGAGCCUCAGGUUAAAUGUUACAUGCGACAACUUCUAAGUGGGCUUGAACAUUGUCACAGCCGCGGCGUUCUUCACCGCGAUAUAAAAGGCUCAAAUCUACUGAUUGACAGUAAGGGAGUCUUGAAGAUAGCAGACUUCGGGUUAGCAACAUUUUUCGACCCUGCAAAAAGUAUUUCAUUGACUAGCCAUGUUGUCACUCUAUGGUACCGGCCACCAGAACUUUUGCUUGGAGCCUCUCAUUACGGUGUUGGGGUUGAUCUAUGGAGCACAGGUUGCAUCUUAGGUGAAUUAUAUGCCGGUAAACCGAUCCUCCCUGGAAAAACCGAGGUAGAACAAUUGCAUAAAAUCUUCAAGCUUUGUGGCUCACCAACAGAAAGUUACUGGAGAAAACAGAAGUUACCAGCUUCAGCUGGAUUCAAAACCGCGAUUCCUUAUAGGCGGAAAGUAUCAGAGAUCUUUAAGGACUUUCCUGCAAGUGUUCUUUCGCUGUUAGAGACUUUACUCUCCAUAGAUCCUGAUCACCGGAGCUCUGCAGAUCGUGCCCUUGAGAGUGAGUACUUCAAAACCAAGCCGUUUGCUUGCGAUCCAUCGAACUUACCAAAAUAUCCUCCUAGUAAAGAGAUUGAUGCGAAAAUGCGUGAUGAAGCGAAAAGGCAACAACCCGUGAGAGCGGAGAAACAAGAGAGGCAAGACUCUAUGACGAGAAUAUCACAUGAGAGAAAACCUGUACCACAGAUCAAAGGCAAGAACUCUCUAUCAAUGACAAUGGAGAAACAAUAUCAAGAUUUGAAGAGUAGAAACGAUAGUUUCAAGUCGUUUAAGGAGGAGAGGACUCCUCAGGGACCAGUUCCUGAUUAUCAAAAUAUGCAGCACAACAGAAACAAUCAAACUGGUGGGAGAAUUUCACACUCAGGUCCAUUGAUGAGCAACCGAAACAUGGCUAAGUCAACAAUGCAUGUGAAGGAGAAUGCACUUCCUAGAUACCCUCCAGCUAGAGUAAACCCGAAGAUGUUAUUGGGCUCGGCCUCCUCCAAAACACUACUAGAACGACAAGAUCAACCAGUCAUGAACCAAAGAAGAAGAGAUCGACGAGCAUACAAUAGAGCUGAUACCAUGGAUAGUAGACAUAUGACAGCACCAAUUGACCCAUGUUGGUAUAAUCCUAGUGAUAGCAAGAUUUACAUGUCAGGACCAUCGUUAGAUCAGCCAAGCAGAGUGGACCAGAUGCUUGAAGAACAUGACAGACAGCUUCAGGAACUUAAUAGACAAGCAAACAAGACAUCAUUGGAAGAGCCAAACUAUGUAUCAAAGCAUUGACCUUUCUAGAGCAGAACCUCAGAUUUGUUAUAAGAAUCUGUUGAUGUGAUCGGCUCAGGAGCAUAAGCCAUUAUUGUUCGAAUAGAGUACUGUAUUUAAAGAGUCUUCAUAGAGUUCGAUGUAUGUACAUAUAUACAAAAUCUCUUUACAUUUACUAUACUAAAUUGAUUGUUGUUCUUGUGUAAAUUAUAAGGUUCAAUUGUAAUAUUAUUGUUGCCUCAGAAUCAUAAUCGUCGUCUCA